AUGUCAUCGCCCUUGCUGUACAGCGAUUCUGAAGAUGAGCCCAAGCUCCCCCUCAGUCCAUUUUACCCAUACAUCCGAUGUGGCCUUUGCUGUGGCUUUCUCAUUGAUGCUACCACCAUCACAGAGUGUUUACACACGUUUUGCAAAAGCUGCAUUGUGAAACAUUUUUACAACAGCAACAAGUGUCCUACUUGCACUGUUGUAGUCCACGAAACACAACCCCUUUACCAUAUCAGGCCUGACAGACAACUUCAGGAUAUUGUUUACAAAAUGAUUCCUUUCCUGGAAGAGGCUGAAAGAAACCGAAUGGUUAACUUCUAUAAGAAACGAGGUUCGGCGAUACCAAAACCAGUCUGUGCUUCAGCUCCUUCAGGACAUAAAAAGCAAAAGAAGGAGUCCAUGCAUCAAUGUAUGCUUAGUAUCCCACCUGAAUUGGAUGUAUCACUGUUGCUGGACUUUGUAGGGGCUGAAGAGGGGAUAAAGAGCUAUAAGCCACUAGAGAGGCCUUAUGUCCGCGUGUCAAGUGAUGCCACCGUCCGCCACGUGGAGCUGUUCAUCAGAAAGAAGAUGGAACUCAGCCCAACUUGCCAGGUUGAUGUGGUUUGUGGAGAUCAGCUCCUGGAUCAAUAUCAGUCGCUAAAAGAUGUUCAGAGAACUGUGGGAUCUGAGGCCUUGGAGGAUGGUCUGUUGGUGCUGCACUUUGGGUUGGUGCUGUCUUGUUUGUCUUAA